AUGAGAUAUGCAAUUAUUUCACACAACAUUGAUUUUGUUACAUUCUUGAUGAAUGAAUACAAUAUAAAGAUCGAUUUAUUUUCUUGUGGAUUGUAUAAUAAUCUUGAAUCGUUUUUAGUUUAUUUCGAUCAAACCAGUGAUAUUAACAAAUGUUUCGUUUAUUCACCGAUAUUUAAUAUUGCAUCCCUUACCGAAUACUUCAUUUCACAUGGUGCGAAUAUCAAUGAAAAAGAUGGAAAUGGAAACACAGCACUUCGUAUUGCAGCAUGUAAUAAUAGUAAAGAAACAGCUGAAAUUCUUAUUUCACAUGGUGCGAAUAUCAAUGAAAAAUAUAGAAAUGGAGAAACCGCACUUCAUAUUGCAGCAACAUAUAAUUAUGAAGAAAUGGCCGAACUUCUUAUUUCGCAUGGCGCAAAUAUCAAUGAAAAAGAUAAAUAUGGAAAAACCGCGCUUGAUCUUGCCAAAGCACAGAAAUAUAAAGAAACGACUGAAGUUCUUAUUUCGCAUGGGAUACUAUUUUUCCCCUUUUUCUGA